AUUGAGCUCUAUUACAGUUGUGGGAUGUUUUAAUUGCACUUUUUGGGGGGUAAUAUUAGUUACAUUUUCUGCUUUCCAACUUGAAUUUGAAGCUACAGAACUACUGUACUACUACAGUGAGAUUGGAUAUGUUUACAAUACAGAUUGUUAUAUCUCUCACUUGUAUAAGAAGCCAGUUGAUGUGUGUCCGUCUGACCAUAAUUUCAUUUUGUUUAAUAUUCCAAUUCCUCACUCAUCCCCCAAACAAACCCAGGCUCCCCCUCUUAUACGCCCUAUAACACCUGAAACUGCUUCCCAAUUCUCAGCUGCUUUCGCUGCAUCUCCUUUAGCCACCUUUGAUGAAAGUUCUCCUCAUAGCAAUAAUCCUGAUGAGCUUCUUGCAUUUUUUAAUUGUGCUUGUACCAACAUAAUGGACUCAAUUGCUCCUUUAAAAUGUAGACGGCAAAAAUUUAAAACUCAGCCUUGGCUAAAUAAGGUCACUCGUGCCAUCAGGCAGGAAUGCAGGAAAGCAGAACGAAAAUGGAAGAAAGAUAAGCUCCACGUUUCUUAUCAAGUGUUUAGAGAUUGCUUAAAUAACUAUCAGCGCACCAUCAAGGUAGAAAGAGCAAAUUAUUUCUCCAUGAUUAUUAACAAGAAGUCUGGUAAUCCUAAAGUUCUAUUCAAUACAAUCAACUCUGUCCUGCAUCCCACCACAUCAGUCAUAUCUGAGACUGCCCCACACACGUCUGAGGAUUUUCAAAAAUUCUUUACUGAAAAAAUUAAUGAUAUCCGAGCACAUAUCCUGCUCCUAUCCCAAGACCCCUCUGAACCACCUACAUGUUCAUUCCUUUUUUCAGAAUUUAAACCGGUUUCAUUAUCCCAUCUCACUGAUAUAAUAAUGCACAUGAAACCAACUACGUGCCCCUUGGAUAUGUUACCUACACCAUUUCUCAGAGAUGUGCUGAAGACAGUCGGCCCCAACAUCCUUGCUAUUGUAAAUGGCAGUAUCUCAUAUGGAACUGUUCCUGACUUGUUUAAACAAGCUGUUGUCCAGCCGCUUCUAAAAAACCUGGUUUAGAUCCGUCAGUCCUUGGCAAUUUUAGACCAAUCUCUAAGCUGCCUUUUCUGUCUAAGGUUCUUGAGAAGAUUGUCCUCCACCAAUUAUCCUCAUUCUUAGACACGCAUAAUAUUCUGGACAAAUAUCAGUCUGGUUUCAGGGCCUUCCACAGCACAGAGUCUGCUCUACUGAAGGUGUUCAAUGAUGUGCUUCUAGCUGCUGAUUCUGGAAAAAGUACAGUUUUAAUCCUUUUAGACCUGAGCGCAGCAUUUGACACUGUCGACCACACAAUCCUAUUAAACCGUCUAAAGACAUGUGUCGGCAUUCAAGGCUCUGCUCUAAAAUGGUUUGCCUCUUACCUAGAGAGCAGAACUUAUUCUGUGAUGCUGGGUAACAAAUACUCUUCCCCAGCUACACUCACUUGUGGAAUACCUCAGGGCUCUAUUCUGGGCCCGGUCUUAUUCUCCUUAUACAUGCUCCCAUUAGGCUCCAUUUUUCAGAAACACCAGAUCUCUUACCACUCUUAUGCAGACGAUACACAGUUCUACCUCUCUCUAAAACCAGGUGCUGAUAGUACACUGCAGAAAGUCUCAGAGUGUCUUAGGAACAUACAUUGCUGGAUGUCUCUGAACCUUCUCAAACUAAAUCAUGACAAUGACCGAUAUUAUAAUCUUCGGUAAGCAGGACUCUAUUAGUCUCAUAAGAAACAAUUUGGGCCCAUUAUCAGCUAAUGUACAUCCCCAUGUAAAAAAUCUUGGUUUCAUUUUUGAUUCCACUCUCAAGCUGGACAAGCAAAUAAAUUCAGUUGUUCGUGGCAGUUUUUUCCAACUCAGGAGCAUUUCUAAACUCAAAAAUAUCCUGUCAUCUAAAGACCUGGAAACUGUUAUCCAUGCUUUCAUAUCGUCACGUCUUGACUAUUGUAACUCUCUCUGUUUAGGCAUUUGUCACUCAAGCCUGUCACGCCUGCAACUUGUUCAAAAUGCAGCCGCAAGGCUCCUGACGGGUACUAGAAAGAGAGAGAAUAUUACUCCAGUACUCGCAUCUCUACAUUGGCUACCAGUUAAACAUAGAAUCAAUUUUAAGGUUUUACUAUUUGUUUUUAAAGCUCUCCAUGGUUUGGCUCCAGGUUACAUUUCAGAUCUUCUUAGCCUGCACUUACCCACUCGAUCUCUGCGCUCCUCCAGUCAGAUGGUUUUAUCAGUUCCACGCUCCCAGCUCAAAUCUAGAGGUGACAGGGCUUUCUCCAUUGCUGCCCCGAGACUCUGGAAUAGUCUUCCCCCCUUCAUAAAAUUCUCUUCAUCCUUGGAAGUCUUUAAAUCGAAUCUCAAGACCUACUUGUUUUCCAAGGCUUUCGGAUCUCUUUGAUAUCCUUUGAUAUCCUUUUUUAUUCUGUCUAUUUGGUCUCUUAUUUUAUUGGAUGGUGUUGUAUGUGUAUAUACGUUAUGUUCACAUAUGUGUGCUUAUGUGUGAAUGCGUACAGUUUUUGUAUAUGUAUGUGCAUAUUUGCAUGUACAUUAUAUGCUAUAUACUCUUACUUGUCUUACAAUUUGUUUUUUAAAAUGUUUUCUUUCUAUUUUAAUUCUUUUAUUAUAUUAUCCCUCUGUUCAGCACUUUGGCCAACACUUGAUGUCUUUUAAAUGUGCUAUAUAAAUAAAGAUGACUUGAGUUGACUUGACAAAUAUGACAGAAAGCAGCCUAAUAGCCUGAGAAAAAAAAACUAAAAAAGAAUAAUGUUGGAUUAUAAUUUGUGUAAAUCCAUUAAUGCAUGGAUAGAAUUAUUUGUGUUCAGGAAAUAAAAAAAAUACUGAACAUUGCUUUGAGGAGCACCGGCAGCAGAUUUUGGAUAAUUGUUGAUGUUUUGUUUUUGUUUUUUUUAAUCAGAUUUUGUUUUUUACAUAAAGAAGUGACGCUAUCUAUAUAAUCCACUCAACUACCAACACCCAGUAACAGUUGACACUGAUCUCAACUGAUAAGAGCUGCAAGUUGGCAGUUUAAUAGUCCUCAAAUGGCACCUACAAGACUUUCUUUCUUACACCUGUAUGUUCAUUGUACUCACAUAUAGCAACCAUGGGCAACAAACCUUCAGUAAAUCAGGAGCUAAACACAGAAAAGACGACUAUCUUUCAAUCCCAGGAAGGAGUAGUAUACAGGAUUCCUGCACUUUUCUAUCACGCAGAGGAAAAAGUCUUUCUGGCCUUUGCAGAAAAGCGAAGGGCGAAAGAUGAUCACACCUCAGAGGCACUGGCCAUGAAAACGGGAACAGUAAACAACGAUCAAACCACUAAUGAACUGAUAGUCACGUGGUCCGAUCUGAAACUGGUGAAGGAGGCACAUCUGGAAGGACAUCGUCCGAUGAACCCCUGCCCGGUGUAUGACAAGACCAAUAAAAAACUUUUCCUGUUCUUCGUUUGCGUUAAAGGUAUAGUGUCAGAGUGUUGGCAGAGGUUCUGGGGCUGCAAUAACACCCGUCUCUGCUAUAUUACAUCCACUGAUGCUGGUAAAACGUGGAGCCAAGUGACUGACUUGACUGAUGCACUGGCCGAAGUUAAACAAUGGGCCACAUUUGCUGUUGGGCCAGGCCAUGGUAUUCAAGGACAGAGUGAUAGAUUAAUUGUUCCAGUUUAUGGUUAUGUUUCUUGCUCCAACUCAUUUUGUUGUAUAAUGUGUUAUUGUGCUGUCUCACGUGCACUCUGCCUUUACAGUGAUGACAAGGGUGUUACUUGGCAAUUUGGCAACCUGCUUGAAAAAGAAUCAGGUGAAUGUGAAAUGGCAGAGAUUUGCGAUGACAAAGGCAACAGGUCCAUCUACUGCAAUGCCCGAAGUGCUGAAGGCCAUCGUGUUGAAGCUGUCAGUGCUGAUAAUGGUGAGGAUUUUGGUAUUCUGCCAAAUGGCACACUAGUGGAAACAGGCAGUGGAUGUCAGGGAAGUGUGGUGUCCUUUCCAAUUCAAAACGAAGGUAUAAAAAGAAAGGCGGAGCAAAGUCAGGACCCCAGAUGGCUACUUUUUUCACACCCAAAUGAUAAGGGCGAAAGAAAGGAUCUAGGAGUGUAUCUGAACAAAUCUCCACAUGAGCCAAAAAACUGGAGCUCACCCUGGAUCAUCAACAAAGGUCCCAGUGGUUACUCAGACCUGGUUUACAUUGGGGAUGGGAUGUUUGCAUGUUUAAUGGAGCGUGGGGAUAACAGUGAAAUUGAACAGAUAGCUUUCUCAAUUUUUAGCUACAAUGAAGUCAAGAAGGGUACUGAAGAGUAAAUACAUUUACUCAAUAUGCUGUCUUUGUCAGGGGCUGAGCUGUGUGACGGCCAUUAUGGUUUCACGCACACAAACAGAUGUGACUGUGGCGCUGUUGUACAUGUUGGGGCUUCUUUUUUUAAUUGUGUCUCCAAAUUGUCUCUCGCGUAUGGCAGGUAAUUUUUGUUUAAUCCAGGAAAUACUAUAACUCUGAAAUUGUAUAUCAUUAUACUGAGUCUUUGUGUUAGUAUUUUAUGUCCAGUAUCCAUUCAUGAGAUAAGUCACAGCUAUUUCACUUUAUAAGGGUGCUGUGUUAUUUUGAUGAUUUGAUUUUAAUUGAUUUUAAUGGUAAUAACAUAGAAACUCGUGACUGAUAUAAAUACUUAGGACUCUGGCUGGAUGCUAGACUCACUUUUAAAAACCACAUGGAACACCUUUCAAGAAAAUUAAAGAUGAAGAUUUUUAUAUAGAAACUAAUUUUUGUUUGUCAUUCACAAGUUGUAAGAUCAUAUUACAGACCAGAUUUUGUCUGCAUUUGGUUAUUGUAGUACCGUUUAUGUGAAUGCUGAAGCCUCUUCAUUUUGUGUAUCGUGAUUAAUCACAGGUGAUUGUUUUCUUACUUACAUGUAUCUUAUAUGAAAAAGUGGGAUGGUGCUCCCUAGCAAAACGAAGACAGCAGCAUUGUAUUAUGUUUAUUUACAAGGGUCUGACUGUAGGCCUAAUUUUGACUUCAGUUUAUUUUAGUUAUAAUAAACAUGACAAUUUUAUGAAAUGAUACUGUACUCAUGAAAUUCUAUACAUAUUAAAUAUAUUUUACCCUAAACAGAAA